CUGUUAAAUGAACUCUGCUGAUAUUUUAGAAGCUUGCUUUGCUGGUAAACCCUGCUCUAUAUUUGUCACCAGCUGCCAAACUGCUUGCACAUUAGGAAUGAAUGCUGAAGCUAAUUUUACUGCUAAUGCACGUCCUAAAGCGCCUGUUGAAAUGACCAAGUAAAAAGAGAAAACCCUUCGAGAAAAGCAGUUUUUAGAGCCUGCCCGCUAACACUCACCUUUGAACAACCUGGGCUGGACGGAUCUGUGGAACAGACUGUCAGGUGAGUUUCUCUUUUGAGAGGGCAAUGGAAACCUGACCAAUACGGCAACACCUGCCCAUCAGCUCAAAACUGCACGUGAUCCACUAUCGAAGGGCACAGGUUUUUGUGAAAUGGAUAUGUAUACGACUGGAGACAGAUUGGAGGUCAUUGACGAGGAGGACACGGAGACCGAGCAGGAGCCAGAGCCUGCAGACGAGAAGAACGAUGGUGAAUGUGGAACUGCUGGUCGUUAUGGGAUGUGGGACAAGGCGGGUAUCGACGUGGAGCUCCCUACCAACGAACCGUACGUGUUGGUGGCAGAGAAGAAUGGUGGACCUCGUGGAUCAUGCGGAGAGAUGGUGAUGAUGGGCCUUCCAGAUAAAAAGGAUACGAGUCCACCGGUGUCCACCUUCCAGCGUUUAUCCGUGGAAACCAAUGAAUCCCUACGUUUCGAACCUUUCGUCGCGUCGGACGAAGAAGAGCCGGUGCAACGAACACAACAGAGCGGUAAAACUGCGUACAAUGACGAAGUGUUCGAAACGGAACCAGGGCCUGGAGGACCAGGUGAAGGAGACACCGGUGACCCUGCAGGGGGAGGACCCGCAGAGGGUGAUCAGAGGGUUGCAGAUAUUUAUUGCACCGAGUGCAUGACUUCUAUUCAGAGGCCUUUUGGACCUCACAAGAACCAUCGCGUUGUCCAAAUACCCAAAGAUUCAAUGGAAGUUAAGAAUGAUCUGUGUGCGAAGAUGCGCAAACUGGAGGAACAGAUCGGGCAGAUGGAGAAUUUUGCUGGCCACUUGGAGGAAAUAUUCAUCACUGUAGAAGAAAACUUUGGGAGACAGGAGCAGAACCUGGAACAGCACUACAAUGACGUGAUCCAGACCCUGACGCAGCGCUAUGAUGAGCGGGCGUCCGGGCUGGAGAACGAAAAGAAGGUGAAACUGGAGACCUUGUACAGCCAGCUGGUGGACUGUGGGAAGACCCUGGAUGUCUCCAAAGAGCUGAUUGAGGCCGCACAGGAAGUGUAUAGAAAUGAAGACAAGUUGGCCUUCCUUCAGGCCGUUAUGCCUACCAUAGACAGAAUAGAGGAUUUCACUAAAGAAGAUGUGGAGCUCACACUGGCUGCCAAUAUGGAGUUUGGAAAUUCUGCAGUAGAUUUGUCUGAUGUCAAACAAAUGAUGGAAUCCAUCAACAUUGUACCAGCCCCCUCCGCACCAGUCAUUAACCCGCAAGUGCCUAACUCGGCCGGCAGCACCUCAGUGCGUGUGUGCUGGAGCCUGUUCUCAGACGACACGGUGGAGUACUACCAGCUCCACUACAAACCUGUCCUGGAGGACACCACUGCUGAGGAACCACCUCCUGAAGAAUCAGAGGUAAAGGUGAAGGAGACGUACCGCACGGUGACUGAUCUGCUGCCCAACGCGCAGUACGAGUUUUGGGUGACAGCCACCAACACCACCGGCAUCAGCCCUCCCAGUGAAAAAGCCGUGUACAUGACAGUCCCCUCCCCUCCCGUCAUCAAGCCGCGGGAAUGUGCCAGCUGCCCCAGCGCGGCUCUGAUUCGCUGGGAGUCGGGAAACACCAACCCGGUGGACUCGUACACCGUGGAGCUGAGCGAGGCAGGCGAGGAGACCAGCGACGCCGUCACGGCGACAGAGGCCAUCGUUGCCGUGCCCACCUGUGAGUGUUUGGUGCAGCUGCAGCCAGGGCGGCAGUAUUGCAUCAGCGUCAGGGCAGUGAACAUCGGAGGCCCCAGUGAGAGGAGCCAGCCCGUCACUGUACACACCACAGGGACCUACUUUCACCUGCUGGAGGACACGGCACACCCCUGCCUGUCCAUCUCAGAGGACGGAUUCACCAUGUUCUACGGGGACGAUGACAUUGCCUUAAGUGACAUGAUCUUCACCGACAACACAUUUGCCCAGUGCGUUGCGGUGCUGGGGGAGCUGAUUCCGGUCAGAGGAACACAUUACUGGGAGGUGGAAGUGGAGGACUGUACAGAGUUCAGGAUUGGGGUGGCGUACCAGGACACCCAGAGGAACGGUUACCUGGGCGGCAACAACACAUCCUGGUGCAUGAGGCACGUGGUUACUCCCUCCAGACACAAGUUUGAAUUCCUGCACAACGGCUGGAGCCCGGACAUCCGCAUCACCAUCAACCCCCGGCGAAUAGGAGUGCGUCUGGACUACGACACGGGGAAGCUGUCCUUCUUCAACGCGGCCCUGUCCCAGCACCUGUACACCUUCGACUGCCACUUCCUGCACUACGUUCACCCCUGCUUCGCCUUAGACCACCCCGGGGCCCUGACCGUCCACAACGGCAUCGAGCCCCCCGGCUGCGUGCGCUACGCCUGAACCCCUCAAACCCAACUCUGCAGCCUCCAUAUUCCACCCCACAGCAAGUCUGACGCCAGAAAUAUACAUGUGGCUCCAUGUGCACAGAGCAGGAAUUUUCUUAUGCUGUAGAAACACAACUUUUUCUGGUCCAGUGAGCUCCAUUAGCAUCCUAAACCACAGUAAUGGUGAGAUAUGGCUCGAUGCUCGCAGAGCAGGAAUUUCAAAGUUAUACUGCAAAAAUAUAUUUGUGAAUUGGCUUAUGUCAGAUACAAAUUUACAUAUUUUGUUCCUGAUUUCCAUGGGAACAGGUUUACAACCCUUUUCCAUAUCGGAAGUUAAGUAGAGUUGAAGUACAGUGUGCAUGCGUCAGCUGUGCUUGUGCUAAUUUUAAGAAGCUGUAUUUUGGCAGAGAGGUGGUGGGGUGUUAAUAACAAUAAAACCUGCCAAUCAUGGUAAA